AUGAGCAACGCACCACCAUUCUACUACAGCCAUCCACCCAAUGCCGCUGGCGUAACACCUUCCAUGAUGGGAGCACCUGUUCCAGGACGUGGCAUGAGCCCAGCUCAAAUGGGCAUGCCCUACAUGCAACAAGGACCUUUCAGAAAUAUGGGACCUGAUCCAUCGAUGCAUCGCAAACGAGCUCAGAACAAGACGCCUCGUCAAGGUGGUGGCGUAAUAGAAGAUGGGGAUGAACCAUCCGGUGACGAGCUUGAUGAUAUCUCUGCACGUGACAUUGCUAUGGCGCGUUACAAGCGCAAUCACGAUUACCUUUCUGAAAUCUUCACACCCUAUAAUGCUUCUUCCAUCACACCCCCUCCACUGGAUGUACCACAAAGCAAAGCCGAGUUGAACAAGUUGAUUGAGGAAGAGCAAAAGGCGAUUGAAGCAAGGAACACAAAGCAACAAGAGCUAUUGAAAUCAGUGGAAGAGAAGCGUAAUAGCUAUUGGGAGGCGAUGACACAAUUGGAUAGUGCAUCAACAACUGAGGACAUGUCAAAAUCAACAGAGCGAUUUGAACGAAUGGCGGACAUUAAAGUGGAGCACACAACGAGCAAUGUUCACGCUGUACAAAUCCCGGGAUUGGAACCAGAGCAACCAUCGACAACAGCUGCAUCCUCUUCAAACAACAACAACAAUACCAGAGAAAGCAGUGGUGGAAGUGGUGGAUCAAUGACGCCAGCAGCCGUAGCAGCAGCCAGAGAUGGAGAAUCACAAUCAGGACCAACGAAUAUGGAUCUAUUCCAGUCUUACCCAUCACAAGACGAUAGGAGUGGUGGUGACAACAAUAAUGCAAACCGAAAUGACGAUGACAACAGUAACGAUUUCUUCAACGAGAUGGUCAACACGGGUCAAGAAGAUGAUGGUGGCAGUGUUAGCGAAUUCUUAAACACCGGGGAUAUGGAUUUUGAACCAAGCGACAAGCAAGAAGGUGACCAAAACAACAUGACAGAAGAACAGCAAAGGAGGGAUUAG